AUGAGUUUUCAGGAUCUGGAAUCUGGGAAACCGAUGAAAUCGCAAAGGAAUUCGAUCAACGGGAAGAAGGAUUCAACGCAAGCGGUGGCUUCCGGUAUAUUUCAGAUCAACACGGCGGUUUCCACCUUUCAGCGACUUGUUAAUACUCUCGGUACCCCCAAAGAUACGCCGGAGCUCCGUGACAAGCUGCACAAGACAAGAUUACAUAUUGGACAAUUGGUAAAAGACACUUCAUCGAAACUUAAGGAAGCUAGCGAAAGCGAUCAUCGCCGAGAUGUUUCUCAAAGUAAGAAGAUUGCAGAUGCGAAACUAGCAAAGGAUUUUGAAGCAGUGUUGAAAGAGUUUCAGAAGGCGCAGCGGAUUGCAGCUGAAAGAGAAACUUCUUACACUCCUUUCGAUCCAAAAGGAAGCCUUUCUUCAAGUGAAGCAGACAUUGGGGGAUAUGAUAGAUCACAAGAGCAGCGUCUCCUUAUGGAAUCGAGAAGGCAAGAAGUUGUGUUGCUUGACAACGAAAUUUCCUUCAACGAAGCUGUGAUAGAGGAAAGAGAACAAGGAAUACUGGAAAUUCAACAGCAAAUCGGUGAAGUAAACGAGAUUUUUAAAGAUCUUGCGGUGUUGGUCCACGACCAAGGAGCCAUGAUUGAUGAUAUCGGUAGCCACGUCGAGAAUGCAUAUUCCGCAACAGCUCAGGGAAAGUCUCAUCUCGUGAAAGCUUCCAAGACACAACGAUCAAACUCAUCUCUGAUGUGCUUGCUAAUGGUGAUAUUUGGGAUAAUUCUCCUCAUUGUUAUCAUAGUAAUUGCAGCUUGA